UCGGAAGGGUUCUCCAGACUUUCACCAAACUAUUUUGUUUUUCGGGGGUGUUUUUCGUUUUGUCUUGACUAUCUCAGAGAGGAGCCAUGAAGUGGACCUGGGUGCUGGUGGCAGUUUUGCUGUCCGUAGGGCGGCUAUCACUGGGCAAGGAGGGCUUGGACUUCCCAGAGUAUGAUGGCAAGGACCGCGUCCACGACCUCAACACCAAGAACUAUAAGUCUGUGAUGAAGAAGUACGAUGUCAUGGUGGUGUACUACCAUGACCAUCCCGGAUCCAGCCGCGUCGCCCAGAGACAGUUUGAGAUUGAGGAGAUGGCCCUUGAGCUUGCAGCCCAGGUCCUGGAUGAGUUCGAUGAUGAGGAUAUCGGAUUCGGUCUCCUUGAUGCAAAGCUCGACAAAGUUGUUGCAAAGAAAUUAGGUCUUGAUGAGUCCGACAGCAUCUUCAUCUUCACAGAUGAUGAGGUCGUAGAAUAUGAUGGCGAGCUUGCUGCUGACACUCUUGUGGAGUUCAUCUAUGAUGUUCUAGAGGACCCUGUGGAAAUUAUUGAUAAUAGUAGGGAACUGAAAGGCUUCAAAAACAUUGACGAGGACAUCAAAUUGAUUGGCUACUUUAAGAGUCACAAGUCAGAACAUUUUGAGGCUUUCGCCGACGCUGCAGAAGAGUUCCACCCUCACAUCAGCUUCUUUGCCACAUUCAAUGCCAAGGUUGCCAAGGCUCUGGACCUGAAGCUCAAUGAGGUCGACUUCUAUGAACCCUUCAUGGAUGAUCCAGUGGUCAUCCCUGGAAAGCCUUACACUGAGGAUGAGCUGGUGAAAUUCAUUGAGGACAAUGACAGACCAACCCUGAGGAAGAUGCACCCACACAACAUGUAUGAGAUCUGGGAUGACGAUAUGGAUGGUGAACAUAUCAUUGCUUUUGCAGAGGAAUCUGACCCAGACGGUUUUGAGUUCCUGGAGAUCCUGAAGCAAGUUGCAGAGGACAACACAGACAACCCCGACCUCAGCAUUGUCUGGAUUGACCCUGAUGACUUCCCACUGCUUCUGCCACACUGGGAAAAGAUUUUUGGAAUUGACCUGUCAUCUCCACAGAUUGGUGUUGUUGAUACUGGUGAUGCUGACAGUGUGUGGAUGGACAUGGAUGAUGGAGAAGACUUGCCAUCCGUGGACGAGCUGGAAGACUGGAUUGAGGAUGCUCUGUCAGGUGUAGUCGAUCCUGAUCAUGAUGAUGAAGAUGAUGAUGACGAUGAUGAUGACGAUGAUGAUGAUGAUGAUGACGAUGAUGAUGAUGAUGAUGAUGACGAUGAUGAUGAUGACGAUGAUGAUGACGAUGAUGAUGACGACGACGACGAUGAUGAUGACGAUGAUGAUGAUGAUGAUGACGAUGAUGAUGAUGAUGAUGAUGAUGAUGAUGACGAUGACGACGAUGAUGAUGAUGAUGAUGAUGACGAUGAUGAUGAUGAUGAUUAUUAAAUCAUUAAAUCAUAACGUUGUCUUUAAGUCUGACCAAUGCAGUUUCAAGACUCAACAUCAUCAACUCUGUCAGUAUCAUCUUUUGUAACUAGUUCUUUUGUUGAACUCAUCCGUUCAUUUUGAUAUCUCAUUAUUUCAUCAUCCUUGCUCUGCAUCUCACAGAACCAUGUUCUACCACUCGUUUAUCCCUCUCCCCGACAUAUUCUGUAAUCCUCCAUGCAACAAAGUAACCUAUCCCAUCCCAGAGUACCUUUAUUCCCAGAUGUAACACUGUCUGGUACAAUAAAAGAAGAAAUUCUUUCAAAAACUUGCCACCUAGCGCUAUUGAUUUUUAUAUUAUUAAAGUUUCUAUUUUACGAAGUACUGGAGGGGUUGCAAUGUUGUAUACAUUAUGUCUAAGUCCAUCUGUGAAGUCUGUCUGUUUUAUUUAUGUCCACAUAUAUUUUUUUUUUGCCCCAGUAUCGAAACAGGUGCAGUCAGAUCCAAGGGUGCUAGCAGGCUUUUCUGACGGGUCCUAAGUAUCACCAGCUUACUCUGUGAACUCAAUGUACUGUUAUACACUGAAAGUGCUGUACAUCAUAUGGAUGUUUUCUACAAUGAUGAAAUAUG